AUGGCAACGCAGUCUUUGUUACACGGGUCCCCAGAGGCCAAGAAGGCUGGUGAGGUUGACAUUCUCCAGCAUUCCCGUCUUGUUGGUCGCGGCAAGUAUGUUCACGGUUUUGAAGUACACCGCGUCAAGUCCGACAAAACAGAGGAAUACAAAGUUGCAGCCGAGAGAUAUUACACUGGUCUUCUCAAAGACCCAGAAAUGAAGGUCAAACUGACCGGUAGCUGGGAGACCCUCGUCGGGGAACAAGACACGUUCUUUCACAUCCUCGAGUAUGAGAACUAUGGUGGAUAUGACAAAUCGAGUGCACUGGCGCGGACGUCUGAGCACUUGAAAGCGUAUCGAGCGAUGUUGCCGUUCAUCAAUUCACGCUCCUCUCAGCUAAACCAGGAGUUUGCAUUCUUCCCGACCGCUCCACCGCGUGCCCAAGGUGGUAUUUUCGAGUUGCGAACGUAUCAGCUCAAAGCAGGCACUCUGUUGGAAUGGGAACAUACCUGGCGAAGGGGCAUCGAGGCCCGGCGCAAGCACGUCGCUCCAGUUGGUGCAUGGUUUUCGCAGGUCGGAAGACUCAACCAGGUCCACCAUAUGUGGCAGUAUCCAAAUCUGGAGACUCGGAAAGAGACAAGAGAGAAUGCGUGGCAAAUUGAUGGGUGGGCAGAAACGGUAGACAAAACGUCGCAAUUGGCCAAGUUCAUGGAUUCGUUCAUUCUCGCCCCUUUGCCGUAUAGCCCAUUGAAGUAA